ACCCUCUCCGCACUCCACCCCUUCAUCUCAUCCCCAAUUCUAUUCCUCCACCGAAAUGGCAGCGUCAUCGAGCAGCGGCAUCGUAGAGCGCCAAUACAACUACGGGGGUCUGAUCGUCCGAACCUUUGUUCACUCCGCCAAAUCCUCUCCUCCCCCCGCUCUGGGAGCCGAAGAUUCACAACCCUCCCCUAUAGGCGGCUCCCUUCCAAAUAGCCAAGUUACAUCUCCAGUUAAACGCGGUCGCGGUCGCCCGCGCAAAAACCCCAAACCGAAUAGUGUGGCUGACGACGACGCUGCUUCUGAUCAAUCCUCACAACGAGCAUCCUCAUCCCAACAAAAACCGCCAAAGAAAAAGAGAAGACAACAGGCCGGUGUCGUGUCUGGUAACUCUAGGAUCCCUGCUUACGUUUCGCUCCUGACUGAGGAGGAGAUGACUGCUGUUCGCAAGAGGAAUAGACGUGGGAAGCAGUGGAUUCCCGGGGAAAAGACAGUUAUGAACGAGCUGGCAAGAUUGGGCAGGAGCGUUCCCCAUCCUACCGAAACUCAACAGUUGCAGAAUGGGGAAGAUGGUGUUGGCGAUGGUGAAGAGCCCGAGCCUGAAUUUGACCUCGCUGAGGAAAUUGAGCCAGCCGACGAGGACGAAUCUGACGAUGACGUCGCAAACAUCCUUAAUUGCAAUCCAUUUAUGUCGGCACUAAACGACAUGCCUCUCGAUUCUACUGACAAUGUUGAGGUAGGCUCGAGAUCUGCGAGUGAUUGGAUGAGGACUGAUAAUGAACAAUCUCAUUUCGGCCAGCAGACGGACAGCAAUGGUAUGACUUCGUUCGAGUACUACAUGGGUGUUCCCAACGGCGCAAGUAUCCUUGAACCCCCAUCCGCAGCCCUGGAUAAAGACUCUUCGUUUGCCGAGCAGUUGAAUUCGACCGCACCUGAACUUUCAGAGUCAAUUCUUCAACAGCCAGACUCUAUGACUACUCUAUCUCAUCUUACCCCCCCUCCGUCUUCGACAUCACCUCAGAAUCCACCCCCUAAGCGUCCUUCCGCACCACCUCCACCUGCGAUCCAUGUAGACACCACGGCCGCCCUUGGAGCUAAGCUGGCUGAAUUGCUUAACGCCUCGAAACCUGCAUUUAUCCCCACCCCAUUCCGCUGCUCCUUUACUCUACCUCUACCGGAAGGCGAAUUUACCCAGAAACAAUACGCUACAGACCUCGUUUCCGCAAUCUCUGAUGUGGACCGCUACGUAUAUGUCACCAAAAACUCCACCUGGAAUUCGACAAAUAGCGGGAGUAGAGGCGCUAUAUUCGUAUGUAACAUGAGUUUGGAGAGUUUGAAGAAGAGGAAAAGCGGCACCGGCGAAGAUCAGAAGAAGGGUAUGUUUUCCUGCCCUCAGUUAGAAAUCAUUAUUAUUUUUCUGUUUACGGUCAAAUCUCAGCUAACUCGCUUCCUUGCAGUCUCCAUGGCUAGAACCAGGUAUCCCUGUGAGGGCUGCAUCACUGUCCGAUUUCUCGCAAGAAAGAACGUCAUCAGUGUCAUCUACAAGCAUCAUGCCAUCCACCGUUCUCCACACGACAAAAUUGAGGAUUCAGAGACUGCGCUCGAGAAUAAUACUGCUACUACCACCGUCAGUAGCGCCCAAGACGCAUUGUUUCCAUUCGAAAAGUCAGCGGCAGAGGAGAUCACUUUUCCAGCUUUGGCACAAGCCCCUAGCAUUGCGGGGCCAGGAUAAGCUAACACAUACCUAGCUACCUGGCUAGCUACCUUGCUUUAAUUCCAAACCAUCCACAGCUCACCUCAUUACGAAAUUAAAGCCUCUUAUCUUUUCCCUUUUUUCUUUCACUUCUGACACUAUUAACCUCUUUCUCUACUCAUGUUUUUUCUUGUACCGUUACUGGGUGGUUUGCUUUGUUUCAUUUCACUUUCCAUUUACUCCUUGCUCCCUUAGUUUUACUUUUCUUCCUUCGAUCCACUCAGCUAGUCAAAAAUUAAAUGAGCGAAAUCAAUGGAUAGUCCGUCUGGGGCUAAGGGUCUACUUAUGUUCUAUCUUUUCCUUUCUUUUCCCCUUUCUCUCGUAAUUUCAUAUUCUCCCUUCUCCCGAGCUUGAUACGAUAAUAGCUUUUUGGCACUUUAUCUUCUCUUCACAUUUACUUUCUUCUCUUCCCGGUUGGUCAGUCCGGUGGAUGGUUGGAUGUAUGGGCAGACGAGACGGAUGGGUCGGUGAAUAGCACCGAGGAGUUUAUUUUAAUUGCUUGCGGAUCUUACUCUACUUUUGCUUCUAUUCCCUACGGUACUGGUGCGUGGUCGGUGGUACUCUGGUUAUCUGUUUGUACGUCUCUUGUUUCAAAUCUUUUUUUUUUGUGGCUAUUUGUGGUUUGUCUAGAUAGCAUAGGUUGUACAUGGACAGUAAUAUCAUGAUUCAUGAGGACUGUUUGGCUUGGCUCGAGGUGGUUUAAUAGAUUGACUGGGUUUUGUAUAGUUGCUUUUGUUUGUUUGGAGGGGGAGAUUUCAUACAAAUAAAACUUUGCUGGGA